AUGGCUGGUCCCGGCGGCGGUCCUCCCCGACGAAGCCACACCAAGUCCCGCAAGGGCUGCGAUACGUGCAAGAAGCGACAUAUCCGGUGUGAUGAAAGCUUCCCUCAGUGCAAGAACUGCACCAAGCACAAGAUUCGAUGCCCGUACAACGACAUUCCUGUCCAGGAGGCCCGCCCCAAUGGGCCUCCUGAUUUGAUGUGGACACCCGAGGUCGAGGCUGCUAUCGAUCAGUGGCGCAUGACAGGCGUCUUCCCCUUUGACCUCGACGUCAACCCUGUCCCUGCGCCGCAGUACUACAGUUAUGAGGAGCUACGCUUGAUCCACCACGUCGCUUCCAUUAGCUCUCAGCUCAAUGCUCUUGACGCCAACGGAUUCACCCUGUGGACUUCCAAGAUCCCAACUCUCAUUGGCAUCGGUACGACGCAUCGCUUUGUUAUGGACGCACUCCUGGCAUUCUCCGCAGAGCACCUUUCCAGCAUCACUGGUUGCCCCAUGGUUGGCAAAAUGGCCUUUGAGCACCGCGGUAAUGCUCUGACUGGCCUGUCAAAGGCCAUCAAUGCCUUCUGUGAGGCGAACUCAGAUGCUGUACUGGGCGCGACUCUUGUGCUGUCCUGGCAGGCUACGGAUUGGCGAAGCUGGACACACCACAUGCAGGGAACUCGCGGGAUUAUUGAGUUGAUGGACAGCUGGAAGGACAAGUCCCAGUUCGCCGAUUUCAUGGCCGAGACCGCCACGUUCCCAACUGCUCCUCCGUCGCCUACACCGGACCACAAGCCCAGACUGCCUUCCAAGGACGAUGUUGAGCCUUCUCUGUCCCGCAUGCUUCAGCACCUUCAGAAACUCGAAACUCAGUUGAAGCAAAAUCGGGAGGACACCAAGCUUGUCGCUCAGUUGGUCAGCUUUCUCAAAGGCACUCGCAAGGUCGACCCGGCCUUGCAGGUUGCUGAUCAAUUCGAACGCCUCAAGCCGCUGAGAGACUGGCUUUUCUGGCUUCCGGUCAUGCAGCUUCAGCAAACCCAGGCUUCUCCGAGCGCGCUGAUCAUCAUUGCCCACUACUACGCCGUGGCUCUGCUUAUGGAGCGCAUGUUCCCCGAGAUCGGCGCUGCUUACUUUGGCAGCCUCUCUAUCGGGCCCCUGGAAGAUAUUUCUCGGCGUCUGAAGUCGAUCAGCGUAUCCUACGGGGCAGAACAUCACCCCGAGUUGCAGUCCCUGUUUCAGCUAAUGGACUACGCCACGCAAUUGGUACAGGAGUUCCGCAACCGCAUGGGUUGGUUCGCACCGGCUCCUCCUUCACCUUUUGGCGUCUUUGAAGACUUCAGCUUGCCAAUGACGACAGCGCCAAUGCCGGACGGCCUUCGAUAUGCUGAGAACCCGAUUUUCAGCUACAGCACCGAGAACCUGUCCAUCAAGACGGAGAGCAGCGCUCCUGGGGUCCCUGUUAGCCCCAUGGCCAUGCCCUCUCCGUACAGCAACCAGCAGUAUCUGAACAUUCCCCCUCCAAUGAAUGGUUGUUACAGCCCGGUCUCGAGCACCUGCGAGGCCUCCAGCGUCGGAGAUGACUUUUACGAAGCCUCACCGGUCUUCUACAGCGACAACGAGGAUUAUGGCUCCUACGAUAUGGGUUUCGCCGGCACCCACUCCCAACUGGGCGGGCCAUACGGCGUUGGGUUCGUCACUCCACAACUCCAGCCUGUGUGGAACUAG